GAGUGCUACGGAUUCUGCUGAGAAUUAUACGAUGCAUAACUACACAGAAGGAGAAAACAUUUUCGAGGUUGACUGCUUGAAUACCAUAGGGCCUCCAGAUAAUGAACUAGACUAUGCUUCUGAUGACUCACAAUCGAGGGAAAAAGAUUUCAGUGAAGACAGUAGCGUUCAAAACGAAAGUGAUUCGAAGAUUUUAUUAUCAGGUGUAUUAUCUACCAGAAAUAUACCAGAUUCAUUCAGUACAGAAGAUGAGGAUGAGGAUGAAUAUACACAGCAAAUAAUACACGAUUCAGAAGAAAGUAUGUCCGAUAGUUACAGCCCCAUAGAAUAUAUGGAUGAUCCAGUUGGAGACCAACCAUCUUUCAAAAAAAGAUAUAUCGAGGAUCAAAAUACCCGUCCAAAAAGAAGAAGAGUUAUCCCAAAUUCCCAGGAGGAUGAGAGUGAAUACAGCGUUAUGUUAAGUGUUACGAAUGCCAUGAAUGAUACAUCAUUAUACGAAGGAAUGCAAGAUAUUUUGGGCGUAAGAGAACGAAGACAUAGAAAGGUGAUCCCCAACUCACAACCAGAUAUUGAGCCAGGUGAUACGGAGGACCAAGGGUUGUAUGAAUCUAGGAUAAGAGGUGCAUUUCUCAAGAAAUUCAUUGAUGAUGACCAAUCCAUAUAAAAUGAAUGUAGUUGGAGAUUUCUAUUUAAUGAAAUUUCAAAAUAAAUAAAAUAUCUCC